UGUACGACCACUUAGACACACUGAACCCAUCACUUCCGCUUUGCCAAAAAAGGAUGCACAUUAGUGCGAAUCACUAAUAAGAUGAAACUUAUUCUUAUAUUCUUACUGGUCGCAGCCAGCAAUGCGUUCACGCUAUUUGGGCCCCAUAUUCGCCUUGUCCCUGGCGACAGUCCAAACGAAAUUGUAUUGCACUUCCGAAACCCGUGCAACAACAAGCCGAGCCGUACAACGACUCUGCAGCCGCCGACACCACCAUGCGAGCACAGCACAAGCACGUCUCAACCAAAAACAACGAAGUGCCCCCACGAAACAACUACUCCAAAAACAACGCAAUGUCCGCACGAACCAACAACGCCAACAACAACGCAAUGUCCGCACGAACCAACAACUUCUCAGACGCCAACAACUCCUAAAAUAACGACGAUAACGACUCCAACAACGCCCAAGAUAACAACGCCUACAACUCCUAAAGUCACGACUCCUACAACUCCUAAAAUCACGAAGCCUACAACUCCUAAAAUCACGACUCCAACAACUCCUAAAGUAACGAAGCCUACAACUCCUAAACCUACAACUCCUAAAAUCACGACUCCAACAACUCCUAAAGUAACGAAGCCUACAACUCCUAAAGUAACGACUCCAACAACUCCUAAAAUAACCUAUCCAACAAAACCUACGACACCUGAAGUAACGAAACCAACUAAGCCAUCUAAGCCAACAACACUUAAGCCGACGAGUCCAACUAAACCGACAUAUCCAACAGAAUCCACAACACCCAAAUUUACCAGGCCAACUACUCUAAGUCCAACCAAGCCCACAAAACCAACAAAGCCAACCGGGCCAACUUAUCCUACAUAUCCCACUUACAAACCGACUAAACCAACCUAUAAGCCUACAUGGAAACCAACCAGCAAGCCCACGAGGAAACCAAACCAUAGCUCAGAGAGCCAUGAGCACGAUGACUCCAAAUCUAAGGAAGACAACAGCUCAGAGGGUCACUCGAAGCCAACUCGCAAGCCACAUAACAGCUCAGGAAGUCAUGAAGACAACAGCUCAAAGGGUCACUCGAAGCCAACUCGCAAGCCACAUAACAGCUCAGGAAGUCAUGAAGACAACAGCUCAGAGGGUCACUCGAAGCCAACUCGCAAGCCACAUAACAGCUCAGGAAGUCAUGAAGACAACAGCUCAAAGGGUCACUCGAAGCCAACUCGCAAGCCACAUAACAGCUCAGGAAGUCAUGAAGACAACAGCUCAGAGGGUCACUCGAAGCCAACUCGCAAGCCACACAACAGUUCAGGAAGUCAUGAGGGUGAUGAUUCCAAAUCUAAGGAAGACAACAGCUCAAAGGGUCACUCGAAGCCAACUAGCAAGCCACACAACAGUUCAGGAAGUCAUGAGGGUGAUGAUUCCAAAUCUAAGGAAGACAACAGCUCAAAGGGUCACUCGAAGCCAACUAGCAAGCCACACAACAGUUCAGGAAGUCAUGAGGGUGAUGAUUCCAAAUCUAAGGAAGACAACAGCUCAAAGGGUCACUCGAAGCCAACUAGCAAGCCACACAAAAGCUCAGGAAGUCAUGAGGGUGAUGAUUCCAAAUCUAAGGAAGACAACAGCUCAAAGGGUCACUCGAAGCCAACUAGCAAGCCACACAAAAGCUCAGGAAGUCAUGAGGGUGAUGAUUCCAAAUCUAAGGAAGACAACAGCUCAAAGGGUCACUCGAAGCCCCCUCAGAGUUCAGGUAGCCAAAAGGGAGAUGACUCCAAAUCCAAAGAGGACAACAACUCAAAAGGUAACUGGAAGCAAACUAGUAGCCCAGGAAAAGAAACGAUUUAAAAUUCACGUGUAAAUAUGCCAACGGGAAGGAGUUCCUAAGGAACCAAAGCUGACGACAUCUUGUUAAACAAAGUUAAGAGACUUUUAAAGUCAUUAAAGUCAUAAGAAUGAUUAAGUCCAUUUAGGAACUCAGCCCACCAGCCCUCAUUGGAUCGCUCUUGAAGUGGAUUUACGAGAUUAUCUCCAGAAUGCCAACAAUAAUACAUGUUUUAAGGAUUUUUUUUAUAGUGUUCUAUUUUUGUGUGAAGUUUUGAAAAACUAAUAAAUACAGGGAUUAUUUUGAUUAAAAAA